UCAGCCGGCGGGAGCAGCAUGAGCCUGUGUGGGCGGAAGGCACUGACGCUGCUGAGCAGUGUGCUGGCGGUGAGCGGCCUGGGCCUCCUCGGUGUGGCCGUCAGCACCGACUACUGGCUCUACCUGGAGGAGGGCGUCAUCCUGCCGCUCAACCAGAGCGCCGACAUACGCAUGUCCCUGCACUCGGGCCUCUGGAGGGUCUGCUUCAUGGCAGGUGAAGAGAUGGGACGCUGCUUCACCAUCGAGUACAUCAUGCCCAUGAAUGUCCAGUUAACCAGUGAGUCCACUGUCAGUGUGCUCAAGAUGAUCCGUUCAGCCACACCCUUCCCCCUGGUCAGCCUGUUCUUCAUGUUCAUCGGCUUUGUGCUCAACAACGUGGGUCAUAUCAGGCCACAUCGCACCAUUCUGGCCUUCGUCUCUGGAAUAUUCUUCAUCCUCUCAGGCCUGUCGCUGGUGGUGGGUCUGGUCCUGUACAUCUCCAGUAUAAAUGAUGAGAUGAUGAGCAGCACCAAGAGCAGUGAGUCCUUCAUCAGCUACAAGUACGGCUGGUCGUUUGCCUUCGCUGCCAUCUCCUUUCUCCUCACUGAGAGUGCAGGCGUGAUGUCCGUCUACCUCUUCAUGAAGCGUUACGCGGCUGAGGAGCUGUACCGCCCGCACCCAAGCUUCUACCGGCCACGACUGAGCGACUGCUCUGACCACUCGGGCCAGUUCCUGCACCCGGAGGCGUGGGCGCGUGGACGCAGCCCCUCUGACCUGUCCAGCGAAGCUUCGCUCCCGAUGAGCGCUAGCUACCCGGCCCUGCUCAAGUGCCCUGAGUACGAGCAGGUCACCUCCUCACCCUGCUGAGGGCCCGCACACUGCGGCCUCACGUCUCCCCCCUGACCCACGGCGGGCGGUCGAGAGGUUUGAGUCUGGAGCAAAGACUGAAGAGUUGAGCGUACAAAAAAAAGGACUGAGAAGGAUAGAUGGAUCUGGUUAUGGAUGAGCAGGGAGGUGCUUAUUCAUAUUCUUUAUCGUGAUGUGGUUGAGAUAGGGAGGAGGGUUUCUCUGUUUAUGUCUCUGUUUUACUCUCUGCUUGUAAUGUUCCGUGCCUUCAGAGUUUUCUCUCUGCCAUCUGAGUGAGGUUGAGAGAGUUUGCUCGGAGCCAUAAGUGGGGCUGGUGUUCGUGCUGUCAGGCAUGCUUGAAUUAUGUAUCAAAACAGCAGUAUCGUAAAUGUCUCUGCCUCUACGAAAGCACAGUGGCCAAGUAAGCACACUGAGAAUAGUGAAUUGCAGUACUGGUCUAAUCCUGCAGGGGGCAGCCACAAGCCAUAACUCAAGCUCAUUAUUCAUUGACCUCAGAACUGAUAGAGGGUAAAUUAAUUUGGGAAAUGGCCUGAUCUGAAGCCCUGAGAAAAUAUCUUCUAUUAAUGCUGUUUGUGGAACAUCACAAUCAAACUGCUGCUGGGCUUAGCAGAGCUGUUGCUUUUGAUCUUAGUGGUGCAGCUGCUGUGUCAAAGUCCAUCUAUUUUACAACCGCAUGAUUUAAUUAGCUGGAGCCAGUGCUAAUGGCCAUUAUUAUUUGUCUUCAUUGAGAGUGCCCCAAAUGUUAUUUCAUUUUUAUAUUAAUUUCUUACAUAUUUGAUUUUUUAGUAUGCACAUUAGUCUUGCUUAUCUCUGUAGUCUUUUUUGAUUUUUUGUCUGUCUAGUUUUGUUAGUUUGCUUUCUUUGUCAUUCUUCCUGUUUUUCUUUUUUUCAUAUCUAUUUUAAGCACGUUUGCUGUUUUAUUAGUCCUGAUAUACAUGAACGGUGCUCGACAAAUGACGUUUAUACAUACUGUAAUCAUCCAGCGUGUGUGACAGUCCUUAUCAACUAGCGCUUUCUCCGUGUGAACAUUUGUUCAUGACUUAUGUAUGUGAAGUGUUAAUUAAGCUCGUCAGACUGAGCAUCUAGAGACACUGCUUACUCUCAUCUAAUUACAGCAGAAUUGUAAAGUGCUGAUUUUUAUUUUUUUUUGUCCGAGCAGCUUCUUGAAAUGCUCUCGCUCUGCCAGAAUUCCUUAUGACUUCA